AGUUAUUUAAAACUCACAGAAUAGGUUAGAUGUGGAAAACAUACCGCCAGCCAUACGGAAUGAAGCGAACUCCAACUGCAGCAUAAAGUCAUUGCGCCAGUUUUGUGAGAGUGUGAGUUUGUGGCGACGACGCGAAGUGAAAUUAUCUAACGAACUAUUGAAAAAAAGUGAAAGCUGUUUGCGUUUUCCUUGCCCGGAAGUGUUGUUGCAGAAAAGAAAAAAAAAAGAAGAAAAAACAACAAAAAACGGUGUUUACGCGCUCUUGAAAACGUUUAAUGUUUUAUACAGUUAUAUUUUUUAGCACACUAGUGUUACUCUUUCUUCUGUGGGAUGUUAAAAAACCACCGAAGUUCCCACCUGGACCAAAAUGGUAUCCAAUUGUCGGUUGCGCUCUGCAGAUCUCCGAAUUGAGAUUAAAAUGUGGCAUGUUCUGCAAAGUUGUUGACGAAUUAGCCAAGUUCUACAUAAAUCCGUAUGGACUAUACGGUCUAAAGAUCGGCAGAGACAAAGUUGUGAUCGCGUAUUACAGCGACACCAUAAAUGAGAUGAUGACUAACGAGGAUCUAGAUGGCAAACCAGAUGGUAUAUUCUAUAGAAUGAGAACAUUUAAUUCGAAGAAAGGCAUUUUGGUGACGGACGAGGACUUGUGGGUGGAUCAACGUCGUUUCAUAUUGCGACAUCUUAAGGAUUUCGGCUUUUCACGGGCUGGAAUGGUGAAUAUUAUACAACAUGAAGCCUCGUUUUUGCUGGAAGAAUUGAGGGAAAUCGUUGCCGAACAGGGUGGUAAACAGGCCGAAGUCUCCAUGCAUGAUUUUUUCAAAGUGAAUGUAUUAAAUACGCUAUGGUCCAUGAUGGCUAGUAAACGGUACGACCGCAAAAGUGAAGAAAUAACCAAUCUACUAACCAUGUUUUUUGAAUUGUUCCAAAACGUGGACAUGGUAGGGGCACUUUUCAGUCAUUUCCCCUUUAUCAGGUUUAUCGCACCAAACUAUUCGGGAUAUAACGCAUUCGUAGAAAGUCAUCAACGCAUUUAUGCAUUUUUACGCAAAGAAGUUGAAAAUCACCGCAAAACGUACGGAAACUAUGACAUGCCCCGCGAUUUGAUGGAUAGUUAUUUGAGGGAAUUGGACAAUCCCAAACGUGGUGAAUUUGUCAGUGAAGAGCAACUACUAGCUGUGUGCCUAGAUAUGUUCUUAGCCGGCUCCGAAACCACCAAUAAAAGUUUGGGUUUCGCCUUUUUACAUAUGGUCCGUAAUCCAGAAAUACAGGAGAAGGCUUUUGCCGAGAUAAAGGAAGUCAUCGGCGUUGAUCGGCUGCCGGAAUGGAGCGAUCGAGCGAAAUUGCCAUACUGUGAAGCGAUCGUUUUGGAGGCCGUACGAAUGUUCAUGGGCAACACCUUUGGUAUCCCUCAUCGGGCUUUGCGUGACACACGACUCAGCGGGUUUACUAUACCGAAGGACACAAUGGUAAUCGCUUGUUUUCGUGGCAUGCUCAUGAAUUCGCAUGAUUUCCCGAACCCAAGUAAAUUUGAACCGGAACGUUAUUUAAUGGAUGGUAAAUUGAAAAUCCCGGAGGCCUACAAUCCUUUUGGGUUCGGGCGGCAUCGUUGCAUGGGUGACAUACUGGGUAAGCAAAAUCUGUUUGUAUUCAUAACGACAGUGCUGCAACACUUCCGCUUUAUGCCACUACCCGGAGAAAUGCCUGACGAAGAGCCCUUAGAUGGUGCAACAGCUGCAGUGAAACCUUUCAGCGCUUAUGUUGUUCCCAGAAACACCAUUACUAAAACUUUGUAAAAAUUGGUUUUAUACAUUAGAUACAUUUAUACACAUUUUUCGAAUAAUGAACAUUUGCAAUGUAAAUAAAGAAAACCUAAUUUUAGACAUUAUCAUUUCAGAGGAAUUUCUCGUCUAAUUCUAAAAUUUUUCUCUUUGAAAAGUGGUGUGUGGUUCUUUUAAAAUUCGCAAUAUUCGGGGUCUAUUUAUUAUUAACGGAAUGGCAUUCACAACUUCAAGGUAUUCAGUUAAAAGGUAUUCUUAAAAAAGUUAGUUGAAUUUCAAAUUCACACCAUUAAAUAACCGUUGCUUUAAUAAGUAUCUGUAUUGAAUUGGAUCAUAGAUCUUUUUAUUUCUCCUAAUCAUAUUUAAGUAUACAUAUUAAAUAAAACAACAACUUUCAUUUGUCCUCCUC